GUCCCCGGGGAGGCGCAGAACGAAGCCAGCGGUGGAGGAGCGCGCGGGCUCCGCAUGGGUUGCGGACCUUCCCGGCUCACUGGAGGGCGGAGACGCGACCCUGCGCCCAAGAAGGGCUGGGAAGCGGGAUUCGAGGCUGAUGUUGGUGUGACUCAUUCCAGGGGGAAUUGCAGCCCCCAGAUUGAAGCGGCACUGCCUAAGGACACUGUGGGCAGUGCAGAAGACCUGGAACAUGCCCAAAUAGGAACCAUUCCAGAAAGUUCUCCAUCUCCUGGUGAAAGAAACAGAAGAGUAAAUUCUGACCUAGUGACUCAUGGAUUAAUCAAUAAGCUCCAGCCCCUAGAGAAUCGAGAGCGACAGAAGUCAUCUGACAUCCUGGAAGAACUAAUUGUUCAAGGAAUAAUACAGAGCCACAGCAAAGUGUUUAGAAAUGGAGAGUCAUAUGAUGUCAUGGUGAACACGACUGAGAAACCAUUGCGAAAGCCACCAGCCAGACUGAAAAAACUUAAGAUUAAAAAGGAAGUCAAGGAUUUCACAAUGAAGGACAUUGAGGAGAAGAUGCAGGCUGCAGAGGAACGCAGAAAGACUAAAGAAGAAGAAAUAAGAAAAAGGCUACGGAGUGACCGAAUUUUACCUUCAGCUGAUCUGGGCGGUGCUGAGGCUGCACUUACCAAAGGACUUCAAGUGGUAAGUCCUGCCGGACUUGAACCAUCUGACCUGCAGGGAGCACAGCCAUUGAAGAGGAAGAAGAGUAAAAGUGAUACAGCUUCGAUUGAUGGGAACUACAACUAUGAAAGUGUUGGGUUCGUGGAGUCAGACAUGUUCUACAACCAAGCAGAUGACAUAUUCUAAGUCACCAUUUGGGGGGAAUUUCAUAAGGCAUCCAUUCUCCUCAGUUGUGACAUUGUUAGUAUGUCUUGUGUUCUUCUUUGCCUGGCCUUACUCCAUUGAGAUUUCUGCCUGGGCUUAGGAAUAAUUGUGCGAGCUGCACUACCUGAAGCUUAGUUGAGUAAAUUAAAUGGUUAUGCCAGCCUAAAAAAUAAAAUAAAAAACAGGGUGAAUAGAUUUGACAAGCUUAGAUAUUGUAAAAUUUUCAUUGUCUUUUAUGUGGCUUUAAACAUUGUGAUGAUGUCUUUAAUUUAUGAGUAUCUCCAGCUUACAUUAAUAUGUCUGUGCCAAAAAAAGAAUUUCCUUUUCACUUCUGUCCCAUGACAGUGCCCACCCUCUGCUGGCCCUUUAAGACAAGUUACAUGGAUUUGUAUUAAGUAUUUUAAUCAUCUGUAUGCUUCUUGUGCUGUGUAUUUAGAAUUUUUUUAAAAACACAACUUCUCGGGGUGGGGAAAAAAAAACCAACAACUUCUCAUGUUACAAAGGAAUAAAGCAAUAUCUUGAAGUUGAUUGAA